GGAGUAAGACCGGGACAUAUGGUCGCUUAGCCAAGCGCCAACAGCUCUUGGUCAUGGCGCGUCUCUCUGGACUAAAGGGCCUCUUGACUCUUGCCAUCCUCAUCUCCUCGACUCAAGCAGCAGAUCCUACAACAGCCAAACCUUCAACAGCUGGUCCAACAGCUUCCAUUAUUCCUACAGGCCCACCACCACCAGCAGACAUCAGUUCCUCUCCCACACGCACCCCCACACCUCAACAGAGCACACAGAAUGUAACAAAUGUAACAGACACCACUCCCCCACUCACCUCCACACGUCAACAAAACACAACAAAACCAAAUAUCCCAAAAACAGACACUCAGACCUCCACUCAACUUGCCUCCACUCAAACCCCAACAAUCCCAACAACAGUCAAAGACACUCAGACCCCCACUCAUCUUGCCUCCACUCAAGCCACAACAAUCCCAACUACAAUCGCAGUUGACUCAGUCCCACCAUGUGAUGACAGAUGGUUUAACAUUGAGGAGAAUAAUGACAAUGUGACAAUAAUCAUCAAAAUCAAAGAAAAAAUCCCCAGUACUAUUGCUCCCACUACUGCCGCAGCAAAUGUUACAAAUACCACUAAUCCUGCUAUUACCACUAGCCCUAGUGUCAAUAGCAAUGAUGUUAUAAGUAGCACCAGAGCUAUGGAAAAUAUUAAUGAGUACAAAAUUGAAUUAAUUGAUGUCUCAUCUGCCUCGAACUUCACCGUUGAUUCAUUUAUCAUCAACAAUACAAAACUGAAUCCAUGCACCACGUACCAAAUAAAUGUCUUCAACAUCAACAAGAACAGCAGCACCAUUUGUAGACUAAAUGGUAACACAACAACCACUUUCAAAACCAGAAACUUAUUCAAAGAGGAUUUCAGCCCAAAAUGGACCCAGCAAAAAGACACAUCAGAUCAACUUUGUUUUGAGAUGCACAAGUGGAAGAGGAAUGAAACGUGUUUCAAGGCGAACAGGACUUGUGAGCUGAGAUCAUUUAAGAUAGGUCCGAAUGAUUGCCCUGUCAACAUAACGGAUUUCCCCCUUGUUGGUCAGAUUGAACUAUUUUAUGAGAAUAAAUACCCUAUUGAGAUUAAAUGGCAAAACAAACCCAUCAAAUGUAAUAAUGAGACUUUGGAUUUCAACUGUACAGGACAAAAUGGUACAUCAUAUCCAGUUGGCAAAUUAGAGCCAUUUGAACAGUACAUCUGCACCGGAACUUACAACAAAUCCAGUUUUUCUCUUCAGGGCAAAAUACAUGUGCAUCUCAGAUGUGGUGUAGAGCUUAUAACAAAAAACAAAACUGAAGGCAACACAUCACAUACCCUCCUCAGUACAAGUAAAAGUGAUAAUUGCCCUGGCGUCACAUUCACCAUUCUUACCAAAUGUGAUCGUGGUGGUUCUAAUGUUCCUGUUGCCUGCACAAGCCUACCCAAUAGCCAGGAGUGUAAUAUAGCAGGUUUAACACCUUUUACUAACUAUGGCUGUGACAUUAACAUGGAGUAUGCUACAUUUAAGAGAAAAGAGAGGAAAACAUUCAAGACUAAACCUGGCAACCCUACCAAACCAGGGGUACCCACAAUAAAAGUUCCGUCAAAUAAUGGGUUACUUGUAACAUGUGGCUCCAUCAACCAGUGGUUUGGUACCACUGGAAGUUACAAUGCAACAUUACUUUCUGGGGGAAUCAGAAUUAAGACAACAAAUAGCAGUAAAUGCUCUUUUAAGUUUGAAGACCUCAGCUACUCAACAGAAUACAUAGUGGAGGUUAGAUCAGUGAAUGGUGAAGGGUUGGUGUCAGAUCCAAGUUCAAAAACAGCAUCCACAUCAUAUAAUGACAAAGCUGUCAUUGGAAUCUUGGCCUUUCUCAUAAUCCUGACUUCCAUCGCUCUCCUAUUUGUUCUGUAUAAAAUUUACAUUCUCCAGAGAAAGAAGGAUAACCGUGACCACUCUGACGAAGUAAUCCCACUUUCAGCAAACCCCUUAAUGACAGUGGAACCCAUCGCUGCUGACUGCCUCCUAGAUGUCUACAAGAAAAAGAUCGCCGAUGAGGGCCGCCUCUUCUUGGCAGAAUUUCAGAGCAUUCCAAGGAUUUUCAGCAAUUACACUGUUAAAGAAGCCAAGAAUCCCGAAAAUCAAACAAAGAACCGUUAUGUUGACAUCCUUCCUUAUGACUACAACCGAGUUCAACUGUCAGCUUCUGGUGGUGGGGGAGAAGCUUGUGCGGACUACAUCAAUGCCAGCUUCAUUGAGGGGUUCAAGGAACAGAAGAAGUACAUUGCAGCCCAAGGGCCCAAGGAGGAGACCAUGCUGGAUUUCUGGAGAAUGAUCUGGGAGCAGAAGUCUUCCAUUAUUGUCAUGGUGACUCGUUGUGAGGAAGGGAACAGGAACAAAUGUGCCCAGUACUGGCCAUCCAUGGACAGAGAAACGGAGAUCUUUGGAGACUUUGUGUUGAAGAUCAAGAAAGAAGACCUGUGUCCCGACUACAUUAUCCGUCAUCUCACCAUAAUCAAUCGCAAGGAUAAGUCACCUGAGAGAGAGGUGACCCACAUCCAGUUCACCAGCUGGCCCGACCAUGGCGUCCCCAGCGAACCACACCAGCUGCUGAAGCUGCGUCGCCGUGUCAACAGCUUCAGCAACUUUUUCAGCGGGCCCAUCGUUGUGCACUGCAGUGCUGGAGUGGGCCGCACGGGCACCUACAUUGGCAUCGAUGCCAUGAUGGAGAGUCUGGAGGCAGAGGGCGUCAUGGAUAUCUACGGCUACGUGGUGAAGAUGAGGCGCCAGCGCUGCCUCAUGGUGCAAGUAGAGGCCCAGUACAUCCUGAUCCACCAAGCUCUGAUUGAGUUCAACCAGUUUGGAGACACAGAGGUGCCCCUGGUGGAGCUGCACUCCUCCAUCAGCACACUGCAGCACAAGGACUGUGAUGAGCCCACCCUCAUGGAGGCAGAGUUCCAGAGGCUUCCCAAGUACAGAAACUGGAGAACCUUCAACACUGCAAUCAGUGAGGAGAACAAGAAGAAGAACCGCUACUCGUCCUGCAUCCCAUACGACUUCAAUAGAGUUCUAGUGAAAAUGGAAGAGGAGACCAGCCGUGAAAGUGAUCAGGAUGAUGACGACGAUGAUGACUACUCUUCCUCUGAUGAUGAUGAGGAAGAGUCCACCCAAUACAUCAAUGCUUCAUACAUUGAUGGCUACUGGAGUCCAAAAAGUGUGAUCGCUGCUCAGGGACCACUGGAGGGAACCGUUCCUGAGUUCUGGCAGAUGGUCUACCAGAAGAAGGUCAAAAACAUUGUCAUGCUCACCAAGUGCAAGGAGGGUGACCAGGAGCUGUGUGCCGAGUACUGGGGGCCAGAGAAGAAAACCUACAAGGACAUCAGCGUACAGGUGGCAGAACCCAUCACCUCUCCAGCCUACAUCAAGAGGACCAUCCAGCUACAACAUGCCAAGAGGAAAGACGCUCGGCAGGUGCAGCAGUACCACUUCCAGAACUGGCCAGAGCAGGGUUUGCCACAGAACCCCCAGGAGCUGAUGGACAUGAUCAAAGCCAUGAAGCAGAGCAUUGGCGGCAGCAGGGCGGACAAGAGCGUCCCAGUGGUGGUACACUGCCAAAACGGAACUAGUCGCACUGGCAUUUUCUGUGCCCUGUGGAACCUUGUAGACUGCGCAAACACUGAGAACCUGAUUGACAUCUUCCAGGUCUGCAAAAGUUUACGCAAGGAACGUCAGGGAAUGAUCUCCGAAUUUGAACAUUAUCAGUUCCUGUACCAGGCCAUGGGGGGAGCCUUCCCCGUGCAGAACGGCGAGGUCAAGCAGACUGCGCCAGCUGUGGACUCUGUGCAGAUUGUGAAUGAGGUUCCCGCAGCCACUACCACCGAUGACCAGAAGGCGGCGGAAACCGCGCCAGUGCCAGCAGCCUCCUCGGCGGCCCAGGAAGAGUCGAAGGAAGACGCUGAGAAGGAGAAGGAAGCAGAUACCGCUGCUGAGAGUAGCAGCUUGCUACCAGCAGGGGGAGCCAGUGAGGCGGUUGAGGCAGCAGCUCAGCCCAGUGCUGCCAAUGGCCCAACCAUAACAGUUGAUGCUUGAGAGAGGGAGCGACAGAUUACAGUCAGUGAAUUACAGAAGAAAGAGUUACAGAAGAGUUUUCAUGAGGGGCUUAUCUGACUUGCUUGUAUAAAUAAAUAGGAUUUGUAACAUGCAUAAAAUAUCAGUUUCAUAUAGCAAAUGUGUGCAUAAUUUUGAGUAACAUUUAGUUUGUUUCAGCUUUCAUUGAAUGUAUUGUAAAUCAUUAUGAAUUAAGAUUACUGAAACUAAAUUAUAAGACUUUUUUUUAUUAUUCAUGAUGUACAAAACAAUCAUUCAAGUUUUUUUUAAAUGUAUGCAUUUGCACUACAUUGCUCUUUUCAAACUAAACCAUUUUUUCAAAAAUAAUGAAUAUCUGAACAUUUGAACAUUCUAUGCUUGUAUUUGAGUGAAUAAAUAAAGGAUUACUGAAGUCUA